AUGGUAAAUGACAAUCCCCUGCUUGUACCUACAGAUUACCUGAAUUUCUUUGAAAAAGUGAAAAAUAAAUCUCGUAAAGAAGAUGGUGGUAAACGGACAGAGUCCGGUGACAAGAUUCGUAUAGAAGAUGGGGGUAAACAGACAGUGUCCGGUGACAAGAUUCGUAUAGAAGAUGGUGGUAAACGGUCAGUGUCCGGUGAAAAGACAUGUAGAGAAGAGGGUGGUAAACGGACAGUGUCCGGUGACAAGACUUGUAGAGAUGAUGGUGGUAAACGGACAGUGUCCGGUGACAAGACUUAUAUUGAAGAUGGUGGUGAACAGAGAGUGUCCGGUGACAAGACGUGUAGAGAAGAUGGUGGAAAAUGGACAGUGUCCAGUGACAAGAUUCGUAUAGAAGAUGGGGGUAAACGGAGUGUCCGGUGA